AUGGUAACUCACAUUAGUCCAAAGUAUGAACUUGAUUUACCAAUUGAAGUCAAAGUUGGAAGUAUCGGGAAAAUAUCAAUUGACAUACCAUGGAUGACUUUAUAUUCAGAUCCAGUAUUGGUGCACAUUGAAGAUAUUUUCAUUUUAUCUGGACCUGUAAUAGAUCGAGAAUAUGAUCCAGAAAGGGAAAAACGUUUAUUACGCGCACAGAAAAAAAAGCGUUUGGAAGAAGUUCAAGAUUUUUCAAGCUUUGAAGAUUUAGAGAGUAAACCUCGUGGAUUUUUUGAGAAUCUAGCUGCUACAUUAAUCAAUAACAUACAGGUAAGUUAAGUUUGUUAUUAUUUU